AUGUCAAAGGCCCGAAACGAGGAGGAGACAUCGCACCCGUUCCAGGCGGUCGUCCUCUGCGAUGGAUGGGGUGAGGAGGAGCGGUGGGGUCCUCUGGUCAGGCGGAAGCGCACGGAUGACGAGGAGUUCGAGGAGCUCGAGGUCGGCGGAGAGCAGCGACCUUGGUGCCUCCUCCCGCUCUUGAACGUCCCCCUCCUCGCCUGGACUCUCGAGUCGCUCGCGGCAUCCGGCGUCGAGCAGGCUUUCUUGUUCGUUCGUGAGGGUGUCGAAGACGUUAGACAGUGGCUUGCAUUGUCUUCUUUCCAAGGUCCUGCCUCAGAGAUCUCGAUCGUCGUCCGGCCUACAAAGGCUCUCACACCUGGAGACGUCCUGCGCGAAGUCGACGGCCUCCAAAUCCUCGCGCCGGCGGACUACCUUGUCGUCCAGGCAGGCUACGUCGGCAACAUCGACUUGAAGGUCAAGGUUGACGAGUUCACCGAGCGGCGGAAGAAGGACCCGAACCUGUCGAUGAGCUGUAUCGUCAAGCCCAUCACUAACAAGACUCUCUCGACUUUCGCCGUCCACACCUUGACGUCCGACGCCCAGCUUAUGCACUACGAGCAGUCCCCGCUCUUUCCCAAGAUGAAGGCGUUCACGGUGCCUCGAGAAGCAAUUGGCGGCGGGAAAGAGGUGCAUACUCGAGCGGAUCUCGAGGUUGUCGGCGCCGUCAUCUGCAGCAACGAGGUCGCCCCGCUGUUCACGGAGAACUUUGACUACCAAUUCUUCUAUCCCGACUUCGUCAACGGACUGCUCACCUCCGACCUCUUGGGCAAGACCAUCUGCUGCACGAUCCUCGACUCGGAGACCUCUCCAACCGCAACUCCCGCCUCACCUUCCGCGAGCCGCUCUUUCGCUGGAGCGGUGACCAACACCAAGACGUACGAGGCUGUCAGCAAGGCGUUGUUGGCGCGGAAGGCGUACCCGCUUGCGCCGGACGAGAACAUGCCGAACCGUGAGGCGAGGUACGAGCAGCGGAGGGCGAGGGUGUACUACGGGAAGAACGUUGACUUGUCCCGCACCUGCAAAGUUUCGUCCACCUCGCUGGUCGGUUCAUCCUCCACCAUCGGUCCCAACACCUUCAUCACGCACUCAGUCCUCGGCGCGCGCGUCACGACGGGCUCGUCCUGCCACAUCUCCAACUCGUUCAUCUUUGCCGGCGCGCAACUGGGCGAUGGGUGCGUCGUCAAGGACAGCGUUAUUGGUGAGGGCGUGGAGAUUGCGCCUGGAGCGGUUGUCGAGGGAGGGAGCUUGGUAGGUGCGGGAGUCGUGUUGGGCAAGGGGGCGAAGUUGGAGGGGAACAGGGUGUCACUCGAGCAGUACGAGGGCGACGUCGAUGUGCGGAAUGCUUCUCUUGGCGAGGCUUCGAACGGCUUCUUCUGGCCUUCGGAGGAGCAGGCGGUCGAUGAGGAGGACAGCGACGACGAGGACGUGCUCGACUCGCGCAACUUGAGCGUCACCCGACUCGGCCACCACUUUGCCAACCUCGACCUCGCCUCGUCGUCCUCCUCGCUGUCGAGCCUGUCUCGCAACGGCUCGUCGACGUCGCUCAACACGGAUGCGACGACCGACGAUGAAGGCCUGACCGACUCCGAAGCGCCGGCCAUUGCCGGCCUCGACAUGCUUCAGCCCGAAAUGUCGUCCUCGUCCCGAAAACAGCUCGAGUUCCGCACCGAGUGCCUCCACUCGCUCGACCGCUCGUUCGCCGAGAACCACACGGUCGACAACGCGGCCAUCGAGCUCAAGACGUUGCGGAUGGCGUCGAACGUCCCGCUUGGCGAGGUGCGGGCCGUCGUCGUCCCCUACGUUCUCGAGCGGUGUGACGGCGCCACAAACGCCGCUGCGACACUCGAGAGGUGGGGAGGCUUGAUCGCCAACUUGACGGGCGAGUCGGAGGAAGCGAUGGUCGACUGCCUCCUGCUCGCGCAGGAACACGUCGCGGUCGCAGGCGAGGCGGACGUGCGGUUCUGGUUGCGCGUCUUGAAGGGGUUCUACGAGUCCGACGUCGUCAGUGACGAGGGCGUUUUCGCGUGGUACAAGAGCGCGAAGGCGAGGGCUACGGCGGGAGACGAGGGCAAGAAGCUGUGGGCGGCGAGUCGGCCGUUCCUCGAGGCGAUUCAGGACGACGACGACAGUGACGACGACAGCGAGUAG